AUGCGCAUCCACGUUCGUGUCCUGUUUGCUGUUGCGGCUCUAUUCGUGGACAUCCACACUACCGAAGCAUUGGUGCGGACGGAGACUAUGGAUGACGACACCCAGCUAUCUGGACACAUUCAUUCAACCGGGGAUAACGAUGUCACCCGCCAUCGCUUUUUGCGGGUGAGCGACGUGCAUGCUGAGGACGAGCAGGAGAGGGCUAACACCAAAGCGGUAUCGGCGUGGAUACGAAAGGUUGUCAGCAAGCUAAAGACUUCCGCGGUGAUUAAUUGGAAUCUGAUACUGGGCAGCGACCCCGAAUACGUGCGAGGCAAAUAUCCUGGCAACAAAGAGCUUGGUGAUAAGUACUCUAAGAAACGGGCGCAUGUUAAAUACACACUUAGUUAG